CGGAGAUUCACGUGCCUGUAUUUUGAGUGCAGAAACAUUGUAUGUAAAAUAAAAGGCCGGGUGCAAACGUCAAUUUAAGUGCCGUGUGCGUGCGGUGUAUGCCCCGUGCUCACUAUUCAAACAUUGAUUCUCACAAUACUACACGAAUACACUCUGUGUACUACAUCAUUUGGACAAAUAUUUUUCCACAUUUCUCGGCAACGAAUUCAUUGGGCUUGGAUUAUGGAAAACCCGAACUGCUGGUGUCAACUGAGGCCCUGACGUUUCCUUCCGUUGGUGAUUCUACGAAGUCAAAGGUUUUACUGGUCGAUGAGGCUAUUUCUCCGGAGGUGGUGUGGUUGUGCACGGAAUCAGCGUGUUAUUGCUUGUCACUGCAGCGGGGAUAAAGCUCGGGAAAUACCCACAAACAAGUAGAGACCGCUCCGCUGUGAUUUGUUGUCUCGGGCUUCAUAACUACAUCGUGGAACUAAAUUAGGAAAAAUAUGAGGCGUACACGGGGAAAGUUUAUGGGAAGGAGGCUGAUGUUUCUGGCCGUUAUAUUCUUCAUUGCGACGGCGUUGAGAAGACUUGGAAGUGAUGUAAAAGGUGAAGAUGUUCAAGACCACGACACAGGACAGUUAGACGACCCUGACCGCCAUGGUGUAUUCCUCCGCCGGUUAGCUUCCGCGCGUUACACAGAGGUACCGGGCGUAGAGGACGAACGCAACGAAACGGGAAAUAACGCGGAUGAGGACAGAAACUGCACUCCGCCUACAAUCCAUGAAUUUCCAGCAGACAUCUUUUCAAAUGAAGAUCGCAAGAGAGGUGCUGUGAUCUUGCACUGUGCUUGUGUGGUCUACAUGUUUGUUGCCCUAGCAUUAGUAUGUGAUGACUACUUUGUCUCCUCUCUCGAGAAAAUUUGUGAGCGCCUAGGUUUCUCUCAUGAUGUGGCGGGUGCCACCUUCAUGGCAGCAGGCAGCUCGGCCCCGGAACUCUUCACGUCAAUUAUUGGUGUCUUCAUCGCUAAAGGUGAUGUCGGCGUGGGAACCAUUGUUGGCUCUGCUGUCUUCAAUAUCCUCGUCAUCAUUGGGCUUUGUGGGCUGUUUGCUGGCCAGGUUGUUCCACUGACAUGGUGGCCCAUGGCAAGAGAUACCGUCGUCUAUUCUAUUUCAGUACUGACUCUGAUGUGUGUUAUCUAUGAUGGCAGAGUCACGUGGUAUGAAUCACUGCUCAUGCUGGCCAUGUAUGCUGGAUACAUCUUCCUCAUGUGGUUGAACCCAAAGAUUUCCCACAACAUCCACCGGAAACAGGAGAAAAGGAAGGCCAAGAAGAUCGCGAAGAGACUGGAGAGUUGCAACAACAGAACCUCCAUUCAGUUAGAACAAGUUACUCCUCUGAAAACCGACAAAGAUGACACUGCCAACGGCGACACUCAGCCAGCUCCAUCUGCCGAUGAAAACAGCCCGAAUUCCCCAAAGAGGCUAACCUUUUCAGAUGCUGGGCUGAGAUUGAUGUUAACUAAACAGUUUCCGGCCAGAACUCGGAUGAGGACUGCCUGCUGGCUUGUCAUAGCAGAGCAAAAGCACGCUAUGGAGGCCCAGAAGGAGGCAGAGUUUCAUGCUUUCGGGAAGGAACCGACCGGUAACUCUAACGGAGCCCUGGGUGAGGCACAUAUAUCGGCAAAAAGACCAAGUUUGCCUCGUGAGGAAAUCACCGACGAUGAAAUCAGUGCCGUCAUCGAGAUAGAAGCACCAGACGGUCUGUGUCAAGUACCAGAGGGGAAAUGUGCCAUAUUGAGAUGGUUGAUGUGCCUGCCUUUGAGCACGCUGCUGUUCUUCACAAUACCAGAUUGCAGGAGAAAAAGAUUUGAAAAUUGGUACAUGGCCACGUUCUUCAUGUCUGUGCUUUGGAUUGCGAUGUUUUCCUACGUCAUGGUGUGGAUGGUUGCGCUAAUCGGCUUCACGUUGCACAUCCCGGACACCGUAAUGGGUCUCGCGUUUCUUGCCGCAGGAACCAGUGUGCCCGAUGCCAUGGCAAGCCUUAUAGUCGCUAGACAAGGGCUUGGAGACAUGGCAGUAUCCAACAGUAUUGGUAGCAAUGUAUUUGACGUCUUACUUGGUCUGGCACUGCCGUGGUUCAUCAAGACUACCAUGAUUAACUACGGAUCAGUCGUCCGGAUCAACAGCAAGGGACUGUUGUACUCGGUCGUCCUCCUCUUUGCAACAGUAGCAAUCACUAUUAUCACAAUACAUUGUCACAAGUGGAAUCUAACCAAGAGAGUUGGUAUAUUGCUGUUUGCCUUCUACGCUAUCUUCCUUACCUUCGCAAUUUUGGUGGAGCUCAACGUCUUUGGUUACGUCAACCCCCCGGUCUGCGUACUUUGAAGACGUUUCUUUGAGUGCGCGUCAGGAAGUUAGCCAUCAAGUUAAAACUAAGCUAUAUCAAGUUAAAUUAAGCUGAGGGAAAUGUGUUAGUAUUGCUGACCGUCAUUUUUUAUUCAUCCUUCUAUUGGCUCUGUGUGCACACGCCGCACAACUACAUCCUCUGUCAGUGAAAGCGCAAACAUUACCUGGGGAGCUUCAGUAGAGGGCACUUUGUGACCACUCAUGAGCGCUCUGUUGGAGGACUUAUUGUGCAUGGGUAUUUGUUCUUGUGCGCAUGGUGCAAAGUACGCACGAUUUAUUUACUGGGUGUACGCAAGUCUCGCCCAUCUUCACACAGGCAUGCAACUUUUCCUCAGAUCCACUGAUUUCCUCAUUUGUUACUUCUCAUGAAUGCCAUUUCAAAUUUGGAAAAAUACUGCACAAAGUCUUGUGUGGUUUGGAAAUCCGUGGUUUUUCUUAAUUCCCAGUUGCAUGUCUGUUCACGUGAGCAGCCAGGCAUAUGAUGACAUUUCAGUUUGUAACCGAGAGAGGGGGUACAAAAAUGUACUUGUGCACGGAGUCCAGUUGGCUGUCAUUUUUUUUUCGUUAUGCAGCCAAGGACACAUGCACCCCUUGUCUCAUGCUUGUACAAGUGCUAAUAUAAGUAGCAAGUAACAUGAACGCACUCAGUAAGUUGUACACAGUACUCAUGACUGACAUUUUUGAACUUGUGCGCACAUGCAGAGCCUUUAGUUUGACAAUGAACAUCAUCAGUCAGCCGUGGUUAUAGUCGAUGUAGAUGCAAUUUGCAACAUUUGUAGGAUCUGGAACUCUGGAAGCCCGUUUUGGACACACGGCCCCAGAUUCUUUGGAAAUUAGUCUAGUUCCCGAGAUAUACACCUCUACAUAUCCUCAUGAAAACUGCUCAAAUUCCUAAGCACCAGUCUGUUUUAACACGAUGUCUUUUGCUGAGCUUGCAGAAAAUAUGAAUGUCAGUGAAACUUAAACAAAUAAAAUUCUCUCUACAAUUAAAUACUUUUUCUCACAAUAUAUGCUAUAACUUCUCAAAAUCCUUUUCAAAACUAAGUAAUUCUGGAAACUUUUCUCUUCGUAACAAUAAGUAGGAUACAUUUCUUAGAUCUUUUAAACUGAAGUUGAUCUUCAGUGAUCUAUAAAUAUAUGCACAUUUUUGACGAGGAUAUACACUUACAAGAUCUAUUUUGAGAGAUUUCUAACUGUAGCUUUCAUUCUAAGUCAGUGUUUAGAUCUUGAGAGGUUUUUGGAGAAACUUCAAUCUUUCUGAGGAGUUGGGGCGUAUUAUUCUGUGUGUGCCUGAGAAUUAUUAUCUAAGAAUUGCGCAUGGCUUAGUAUUGUGGAAGACAAAAACAAUGGACUUUUUUCCUGAAGCAACGUUUUGUUUUAAGUUUUCAAGGAUGAAAAACGUUUCAAGUGUUGGUCAAUUCAGCAAAUGUUUACGAGAAUGUACUUUGCUGUUAAUUUGCUGCAUGUAUCAAAGGAUUGAUUUGUGUGUCUUUUUGUUUGGGGGGGGGGGGUCUAACAAAUUUUUGCCUCUUUUAGCCCAAAUCAGAGUAGGUUGGAAGAGUUUUUGAGACAUCUAACUAUACUGUAUACUAAGAGUUUUAUGCCUGCAUUAUACAAUAGUUAUCUUUUCAGUAUUUUGCUGUAUGAGUAUUGGAAGGGAAAAAAAUGCAAUGCUUUGGCUUUGUUGCUAGAUUUGCUUUUUCUUAGAUACCGUAGUCUCAUGAUUUGAGACGAGGAAAUGAUCUUUUUUGGUCAUUCAUUAUUUUCCUGUACAAAGUCGAUUUGCUCUGUAAUUUUUCACAGCAUUUACUGUAGACACAGGGUAGGAUCAAAAAUAUUCUGUAAAUAUCACUAAAUUUAUAAUUACCACUGUUUGUUAUUAUUAUAUAAUCUUUCAGCCUUCCAAGUGUGGGGGAACAAUAAUUGAUGCGUGGAUUGAAGAUGUGUAAGUUUAAGUUAUUUUGUAAAAAUGAGUGUACACUUCAAUUAUUUGUAAAACUAGUUAUCACAGAGGUGCAAUUUGGUUUAAAGAUCAGCGUUUACAGUUAAAAUGUGUUCCCCACCCCCUCCCGGUUUUUUGUUUUUGUUUUGCAAUUUUUCCUACCAUUUUGUUAAGGAAAAAAAAAGAAAGUAAAUCCUCAGGAAAACCCACUGAGUAGAUAAAAAAAAUUAUUGGCAGAAUUUUUAAAAACUUUUUUGUACCAUGGAAAUAAUCAGAGUAGGCAGAGUGUACUUACUCCAUUUUCUAUUUUUGGAUAUUCUGAUUUCUUUUGUUAAAGGGAGCUGAAAAGUUAAAAUAAAAAUUCUAGUUUGCACAAUAUCAAGAUACAAAAAAUUAGAGGUAAAAUGGCUGAAGUUGGUUACCAAUUCUUCACACGCAUGAUUUGUUUAUAGCAUUUCAACUAGUCCAAGAAAACCGACUAGACAGUUACUAAUACAGUAAAAUAGAAUCGUUUUUGCCUUUUAUUUAAAUUAUUUGGAAUUGAUUGCAUAUUUCUCGUUUAUAAUGCUGAAAUGCUUCAGUUGAUCUAAUAAUUCGUUUAUUUGAAUACAGUAUUGGAAGUAAAGCCACAAAAUGUAGAGAUUUGAAAAUUUUCAAAAAUUUCAUGAAUUCAAGCUAAUCAGACAAAGAAUACUGCAUCAGUUGAACUAAUUAUUUGUUUGCUCGAAUACAGUAUUGGAAGUAAAGCCAAAACAAGGUAGAGAGUUGAAAAUUUUUCAAAAAUUUCGUGAAUUCAAGCUAAUCAGACAAAGAAUACUGCAAGCGUUUAAAGAUAGAAAUGUGUGGUCAGAAAAUUUCUUUCAUUUUCAACAAGAAAAUAUUAAUUUUGUCACGAUUGUACCAAGCUGUACUAUUCCGUCCUAAUUCCACCAAUCUUUGUACAUUAUUCACAUUAUUGGACUGUAUAUAAAAGCUCAAGUGACGAUCUUCAUUUCUCAGUGAACUAGACUUGAAAUCAAAAAGCAUGAAAAUAACUAAAUGCUUACAAUUCAAAAUGGACGAAUAAUAGAUAUUCACCAUAUUGACCAUUUAUAAAAAAGGCUUCCCGCAGAAAUCAAAUCCAAAUGCGGUACCAUUUUCAGGAAUUUCCACCUAGUACUCAAACAAAAUUUAAAAAACCUCCAAAAACAAUAACUUAACUUUGUGGACAUAUUUAAAGAUAAGAGUGCAGUUUUCAAUACAUUGUCCAAUAUUCUCCAUUUCCAAACACAUAUACAACAAAGAGCCGGCUGCCACAUAUAUUUGUUCCAUUGAUAUUUGAUCCAAGGUUGGACGUCAAUGCAAUUUACAUGCAGGUUUCCCCACCAAUCAACCCACUGCGUACAAGUUAGUCACAAUUUUGUCAAGAUUUGUUUUCUUCGUCAACUACCGUUCUGUAAGAUAAGUGCCGCAGUAAGGCUUCUGUAAAAAAAAUAAUAAUAAUUGUACAUAUGUGUAAUUAUAAAUAAAUUUAUUUCAUUAAUUUUGCCAGGUUGGUUACAUACAGAUGUUUUUCACUGCAGUGCAAAACUAAGUGGUUUUUCAAAUGUUGUAUAAUCAGUUUCAAAUAUUAAUAAUAAUGAAUUAACAAACAAAAUAAGACAAGAUACAUGUUACUGUUUAUGAGAAAAACUGCAAUGUGAGAAUUGACUUGUUAAACAGCUUUUAUUCCUGAUGGUGGCUAUCUCAAGUAUUUGAUGUGUAUUGUGUAGAGCGAUUAACCAUCCAGGGAAGUUUUGUAAUAUGUAUAACAUAGUUUAUUACUGGACAACAAGUAACAGUUAUGUAUAAAGUUUAAACUUGCGAUCACUGUGUUUUUUUCUGAAUCAAUAUUGAGGCAAUAACAAGUAUUUUGUUGUUUUCCCCAGCCCUGAAGAUAUAGUCGAAUAUUAGAAAAUGAAAAGGUGAAUGCAACACGUCAAAUUGGAUUUAGUUUCUGUAAGUGGAAGUGUAUGUAAAACGCUUCAUCAUGAGCUGUUAUUUGUCCCCAAAAUGGAACUUGUUUGGAAGUAGCUUUCAUUGUUUGUUUUAUAUUUUGAGACUUGAGUAAAAGGCCAGUUCAAAGUCAGCAUGAAAGUGAAUGCGAACAAAAACGUGUGAUGUCACAGCAAUUUCACAAAAAUUGAACACAUUUCAGCUCUGGCGAAUUUCACAGCGAAUGUUUCGUGACGACCAAUUCGCUUCGCAUUCGCAUGACGUAUGAACCGGCCUUUACUGUUGGGAAACGGUGGGUGUUUUUUGUGUGUUCAUUUCUACUGAGUGAGCUUUGAGUAGUGUUUGCUUCAAUCAGACUAAAGUUAGCUUACACUAAAGCUCAAUUAAAUGAGACUCGUUUCCGAAUAGCGUUCUAGAGUCAUGCCGAAGUAAGUUAGGGGAGCAAUUUAGGGCGGAUUUAGGGAGCAAUUGUUUUUUAUCGUUAGGAUAGCCAUGAGUAAAUCUUUCAGCAUUCAUCGUUAAUAAAUUAAAAUAACAAAGAACAUACUAUGAGAUA